GUUCCUCCUCUUUUUCGUCUCCAAACAACUGAGAAACAAACGUAGCGACAAUCAGCCAGACUUUGUUGAGGAGUACAAACAUCUAGAUUUUGCUUUUACUCCCAACAGGCAGAAACAGUCUACAGCAGCAGGCAGGAUGUCUGCGACCAUGGCCAAAGCUGAUGGGGUCACUGUGUUGACUUUGACCUCUGACCCCGAGAGUGCUUGUCCUCCACUAUGUCAAAUCCUCAAGGGCCUUUGCUACAGCCCUACGUGCUGCUCUGUGUCUCAGCACCUGAGGAGGGUCCAGAAAACUUCUCAGUCUCUCCUGGGGGCUCUGCACAUUAUCGUUGGGUUGCUCAACAUCGGCCUUGGAGCGCUCAUCUAUGAUGCUGGAAUACAUCCUUUUUUGUUGGGAGGAAUGUUUAUCUUUUUUGGCAUCGUGAGCAUCUUGUCUGAGAAGUUCCCCAGUCCAUGUCUGGUCUUCCUCAAUGUGUUCCUGAACCUGGCAGGAGUUGGUUUUGCCAUUGUAGCCAACGUACUCUACAGCAUGAAUAUAGUCCUCUUAAGUUUUUGGUGGAUGUUUGAUAAUGCAAUGAUUCUGACCGGCGUCAUUGGUGUGCUGAUCGUCCUGUCGGUCCUGGAGCUCUGCGUCGCCAUCAGCUCUGCCGUGUUGGGGAUCAAAGCUCUGAAGAGCAGUGAGAAGAGAGAAAACAAGAGCACUGAUGACCCAGAAAAAUACAAGAGGGAGGAAGUCACCACUAACCCUCCAGCCUAAAUGAAAGUCUCUGCUUUACUAUCAUAUGUUACUAGAACUCCAUUGACUGUAUGAACUGUAACGUCAAUGAUUUAAACAAAUUCAGAUGGUUCGAUCUCUGUCCGUCUUUUCCUACAAAGGUUGCUUGGAAAUAGCAACAAAGGUUGCUUGGAAAUAUUUGCACUAAAUAUUUUUGGUAAUAUUCUGCACUAUAUUAUCUAUGCUGCUGUCCAUUUCAUUCUCUGUUGAUGUUUUUUUUUUAUUGUUUCUGUUUAUUAUGAUUUUCUAUCCAGUAAUGUGCCUUACAGUCACUAUGUUUGUAGGUAAGAAGGAAGUUUAUACGUGUGUGACAUUGAUGGACUGAUGGGGAUGAUUUUAAAUUUUAAUUUGAAAAUGAAUUGCAUGAAACAUUUGACUGUUACAUAUUUAAUUGUUUUUUGUAUUUCUGCCAUCUGUUUAAUAAGCAGUUGUGCUCUUUGUGUACACAUAGGAGCGAUCAUUACAAAGAGAAGCUGAAGUGUGAGGUGAAGACGAUUUCUGUCGUUUGUAAAUCAUUAUAUUCCUAUUUUUAUAGAUGCUGUUUCUGGCUAAAAUGAAAGUUAAAUAAAAUGAUUACAGCGA